AUCCAAAACGUGGUUUUGCCACCUCGAAGACGAAAAAGGGUUUUACAGGAUGAGGGGCUCACUAUCUGCCUGCGCAUCCAUCUCACUGGUUUUGCAGCCUAGAUUCUAAGAAGAGCCAGAUCCACAAAUGUUUUCUUCGUUCGAUUCAGCUUUGAAGCCUUUUUGCCUCUUCAGAAUCGGGGUGGGCUUGAAGGGACCAGCUUGCAGAUUAAGAGGUCGAGAAAUG